AGUCCGAUCAACAGCACAACUUUGUUGGCCAGAUAACUUAUUCAACAUGGGAAAGGUAAUAUCAUCUGAAAAUCUUAACAUGUACUUGCAAUUGCUAAAUGAUAAUAAUAUGUUAUGGAAAAAAAAAAACGAAUCCCAUAUUUUGAACUUUAUUAAACUUUCAUAUUUAGAAUACAAAUAGUGUCAGUGCUGUAUUGCUUAACCUGCCUCUUAUACCACCCAUGCAUGUUCCAGAGGUAAAUUAUACCACCAUCAAUGUAAACAGCUAGCUUGGUAAAUGUCAUCUGAAGAAAUAGACUGCAUGGUAUUUGUAGAUGACAGUGAAUACUAAACUGAAAUCAGGAUCCGGAAGUAAUUUGGCAAAGAAAUGUUUCUCUCUUCAUGUUUCCCAUGGACAGUCCUUUGUUAAAUCAGAAUAUUGCAAAUAUAGUUGUGUGUAUUUUAGACCUUUAUUUUGUGCUAUGCACUUUUGUUAUUUAUUAUAAUUAACACUGAAAAUAAGGAUAAUAUAUAAUUUGAAAAUACAAAUGACAUUAAAAAAAAAAUUCAAACAUGUAUCCUUCUCCAUAGAUAAUCUUCUAUGAGGAUCGUAACUUUCAGGGCCGCCAUUAUGAGUGCAGCUCUGAGUGCCCAGAUUUGACCUCAUUCUUCCACCGCUGCAAUUCAAUCCGAGUUGAAAGUGGUAACUGGAUCCUGUAUGAGUACCCCAACUACAGAGGACACCAAUAUUACCUUAGCAAAGGAGAAUUUCCUGAUUUCCAGCAGUGGAUGGGUUUCAAUGACUCCAUCAAAUCCUGUCGUAUUAGCCCACAGGUAAAUCUCUUUCAUAGAAAGCUGUUCUCUCUCUAAAAAUGCUUUGCAAAAAUAAAUUGUCGUCAGGGCCAACCUUUAAGGUUUACAAGCUGUGCAGCAGCUGUGCAGGGCACCAAAGAAAAAAUGCAAUUACAUUUUUAUUUAAUAUAUUGCAUAAUAGGCAACAUAUUAAAUAAAAAUAAUUCCCUGCAGCUCCAGUCCAAAAAUAAUGCUCUGUUAGUAAAUCAGAGUGCAGCCGAGGAGAUUCCCAGCCUACACUCUGACUCAAUAAUGAACGCCGGAAAUGUAACAGGGACGAUGCCCAGAAGGACAUGCAGAGUGUGCUUCUGCCAGAUUGCUCUCUUGUGCGACUACUUUGAACAUGCAGGGGAUCAGAAUCAGUCCCAACAGAUGCUGGCUCCUUCAACAGCUCAGUCCCCCCCUCCUUAGAGAAAAUUUCUGCUCACACUGUUUAAUUUGCUUAUGAGCAUGCAGCUGCUAUGAUGCAUGGCCCAGGAAGUGCACAGCAAUCCUGAUGACAUUCACCAUGGUAAUGGAGCUGCUGGGUGUCUGGCUGAAACAGAGCAGCCACCAUGGUGACAAACAGCCCCUAAUGUGCCUCCGUCCCCCUGCAUGGUCAGCUAAUAACAUUAUACAGCACUGUGACUUUUCUCUCUCUUCAAAGCCAUAUAGCACUCACCCCGCCAUAUACCCCAAACUUGUCAUACUACCCACCCUGCUACAUACCCUCCUUUUAUCAUAAUAUCCACCCUUCUAUAUAUCCUGACCUUGACAUAACACCUACCCUGCCAUAAAAGACCCACCCUGCCAUAUAAGAUCCACACCAACCACAAUAUAUCAUCUCCUGACAUCUACAGAUAGAAAGCCACAGGCUUUACAGUGUAGGGUGAAGAAUCAAAAUUAAUUUAUUAUGGUCCAAAGGACAAAACAAGGAUACAACGUGAGGCCUUAAUUAACCCUACACUGGGUUUAUGUAUGUUGAGGGCUAGCAGACCUUAUCCACAGAGCUCCAAUGUACCACUGUACCUGAGUGCAGCACUCUACUACCACACCCUGCCAUAUAAGAUCCAUCACCCUCAUACUCACUACCUCACCUCCAGUCACCUCAUGCAAUCCACUGUGUGCUAUGGCACACACUAAUUAACUAACUAAUUAACUAAUUAAUUAUCCACCACAGUGCCCCAUACUGUAAUAUACCCCACCCUGGCAAAUACCCUUUUCCUGCUUGUAAUAUGCAUUCACUUAAUUUUAACUCCACAUCAUCACAUUCACACAUCCAAUAUCUAAUACACUAAGUCUCAUACCCCAGCUACUCCGACACUACCAGUCACAUACAACCGACCACUCGCAUACACAAAUUACCCACAGGCUCACAUUCACAGGUUUCUCUGUCACACGCAGGAGGCAGGUUUAAACAUUUUUCAUGGACUACAUACAAGUUUGUGGACUACAUUCACAUGACAUUCAGCCAACUCUAAGGUCAACAUAGCAUUAUGGAAAUUUGUCCACAAACAUUUAAAGUAUUAUGGUUAAUAAUGACCACAUUUCUCAAAAUGUUGAUAUUGGAAAUGGGGUGGGGCAUAUAAAAGUUGUGUACAAGGAGAGGUAUUAAUUUAGCCACACGACAGAGGGAUGCCAAAAAACUGAUUCUAACACUGACCUAGGCUCACCCCUGGCUGCAGCCCUCCCACUGGACUACUGGUAGGUCACCAUCCUGCACCCAACAGGCAUGUAAACAGAAUGGUGGCUAAAAUAUGUGUUUUCUUUAGGAGGUUUUAAAUAGUGGGAGGUAUUGGAUGAGGGGAAGUGGCCAUGCAGAGGCCUGAAGAUUUUUCACACAGGGCACCCAAAGACCCAAGGCUGAUCCUGAUUGUUGUUAUCAAUAAAUAAUGUAACACUUAUUAAUUGUAGAAAUGGAUAAUAAAAAAUAAAAUUUAAAAACUGUCUCAGUGAAAUCGUCAUUUAAAGGACCACUAUAGUGCCAGGAAAACAUACUUGUUUUCCUGGCACUAUAGUGCCCUGAGGGUGCCCCCACCCUCAGGAUCCCCCUCCCGCCCGGCUCUGGGGAGAGGAAAGGGGUUAAACUCACCUUUAUUCCAGCGCCGGGCGGGGAGCUCUCUGCCUCCGAUCCUCCUCCUCUCCUCCUCCUCUCCUCCCAUUCGUCUGAAUGCGCACACGCGGCAAGAGCUGCGCGCGCAUUCAGCCGGUCUCAUAGGAAAGCAUUAUUAUUUCCUAUGGACGCUUGCGUGUUCUCACUGUGAUUUUCAAAGUGAGAGUCACGCAAGCGCCUCUAGCGGCUGUCAAUGAGACAGCCACAAGAGGAUUUGGAGGAUGGAUUAACCCAUUUAUAAACAUAAAUGAAACUGCUAUGUUUAUAAAAAAAUGGGUUAAUCCUAGAGGGACCUGGCACCAGACCACUUCAUUAAGCUGAAGUGGUCUGGGUGCCUAGAGUGGUCCUUUAAACAAUUGAGUGCCAAUUAUAUAACUUGCACGUGGCUGGUAUACUGGGCUUGAAAGUUUUUCCAAAGCCUAACCUUCAGUAACUGCAAGUUUCCAUUACCGUAAACCUAAAUUUUCCUAUCUAUCUCAUUAAGGGCUUACUCAACCCAUUUGAAAAUUAUAUACAUUUUUAAAUUACAAUGCCCAAUUGGGCAUUAGCAAAUUGGUUCACACCUUGUAAUCCUUUAAAAUAGAUAUAAAUUUACCUGGAAUCCAUCAUUGACUGAAACUUCUGCACUAGUUUCCACAUCUCAUCUGACAUCACUGCCUCCCUCACCUAUAGAGAAGCAUUUGAUUGGACCGCUCUUAGAUGACUUAGAUGUCUCUCUCACUCCAAUGUCCCUUUCCUCCAAUGUCCCUCCCUCUGCCCCCCAAUAAAAGGGAAGUGUCAUCACCAUUGGAGUAUCAGGCUGUAGGUAGGACUUGUACUUGGCGUGGGAUUGCAGUGAAGUCAUUUCCUUUUCUUUUUCCAGCAAGGCUUGCUCCAUCCAAAAUAUGUGGGUCUUAAAAACACUUUAAUAGCAUUAAUGUAUUUAAUAGCAUUACUGUAAUAUUUUAAAAUAGUAUGUUCUUACUAUACAUUUAUUGCACUGAAUAAUACUAUUGUAAUUUAUUACGCUGUUUUUAUAAAUUAUAUUGUAAUUUUUCUUCCCACAAAGCACCAAGGUUCAUUCAGAGUAAAGGUCUACGAGAGGGAGGAUUUCCGAGGUCAGAUGAUGGAGUUCACUGAAGAUUGUCCUCAUGUCUAUGAAAGAUUCCGUUACAAUGACAUCCACUCCUGCCAUGUGCUUGACGGCUACUGGAUGUUCUAUGAGGAGCCCAACUACAGGGGCCGUCAGUAUUACUUGAAACCUGGAGAGUAUAGAAGAUACUCUGAUUGGGGUGCCAAUAGUCCCAGAAUUGGCUCAUUCAGAAGACUCCAUCAUUUCUAAUGUACUGCGUAAAUAAGUGAAUAAUUAUGUAAUUCUGCAUUAAAUAAAAUCAUUGAAAAUCAAAGCUAACACGUGUUUCUGUAAUUUCACUAUGCUCAAAUGUCCGUGACUGGAUAAGUAAUGUGAAGAUAUGAGCAAUAUAUCAUAAUGUAUUUAUUAUGAAUUUUAAGUACCAUUAAGGUGCCAUGCAUAUCCCCUUUUCUUAAAAUCACUGCCACUACACACUGGCAUUCUUUAAACCAUACAGGUAUACAAUACAGGUAUACAAUGAUCAUACAGGUAUACAAUGAUCCAGGUAUCAAAAAAAACAUACAGUUAUACAAUGAUCCAGGUAUCAAGUGAACUUCUUCAAGCUUUGAUCACUUUGUCAUCACUUUUGACAGAUGUGGGAAUCACCAGGAUAAUGACUUACUUGGAUUUAGCAUAAUAAUAUUGACUAAGUUCAGCGCAUGCACGACUUUACUGUAGCGGCUAUGAAUUGCGGCUGACAUAUUUUUGGUGGGAGAUUGAUUGGUUGGGUAUAUAAGCCAGAAGUAUUGACAUUACAUACAAGCUCUUCCAUCACAAAGUCAUAAGGAUGAAACCAGGCGGAGCGUGGAGCAAUUUGGAGGUUUGAAUUAUUCCAGCUUGGACAUCUAAAGGGCCUUCACCCACUGUAAGGGAUCCAGAACCAUUAUAGAAAGGAGGGAAUGGUUAUUCUGCUGAGGGUACUGCAUAGCCAUUAUUGGAGGUCUAUUUGACCUAUCUACAUGCCCUUUUAACCACAUCUAGUGACUUUAUGUGUGUAAGUGCAAUAUUAUCCUGUUUUUUAAUUGUUUUGUGUGAUUUUAUGCCAUGUUACAUUUGUAUUUUUUAAAGUGAUUAAAGCUAGAAAUUCCCUUCAUAUCUGCAUCAUUCUAUACCCGUAUCUGUUUUUAAGACCCAUAAUAGUGAAUAUAAGCUUAUUAUUUAUAUUAUUUUUGUGUUUUCACACAUAUAUGAUCAUAAGUACACCACACCAUGUUGCUGCUUGUUUUCUAUUUCUGUCAUGGUUUUUAGAGUUAACCGGUGUGUGAGUGUAUAUUGAUGUACAUACUAUAUUUAUUUAUUUAUUUAUUUAUUUAUUUUUAUUUGAGUUUUCAUUAACUAUGGUUCUCUGUCUUUCUUUAUUCAACAGUGGGCCUGAAAAUUGGAUGUCUUACACAUACUGCACUAUACAGAAAACCUAUUUGUCCAUAACUACAUGAAUCCUUUUUACUACCCAGCUGGUAUUCUGAAC